AUGCCUUCAACUACUCAAGCUUGUCAUGUUCUUGCUGAUUUUAGCAUUAUUCCUAUGGGAACAGAAGUCAAUACUACUAAGUACAUGGCCGAAAUUCAGAAAAUAUUGAAAAAAACCAAUUUGAACUAUAGUAUGCAUUGUAGUGGAACAAAUAUCGAGGGAAGAUGGGAGCAAGUUAUGAAUGCAAUUAGAGAUUGUAUCGACAAAAUUCACGAACUUGGUGUACCAAGAAUUGAUUGUAACAUUAGAAUUAAUACUCGUACCGACAAAGCAAUGACUAUGGCAGAUAGUCUUCGUGUUGUUAAUGAUAUGGUCGAAAAACAACAACAAUGA